AUGUAUCACACCACGCAAAAACUACCACCAGCAUCUCAACUCAGAGUAAAAAAUAAAAUAUUUGAGACCGUUUCGGAAGCUGAGGCAGCUCUUUUGAAUAUCCCGAACACUUCAUUUCAACAUAAUUUAGACGAACAAACUCAGUCUACUUCCACGUGGCAAUUCAUAGGAGACUCUUCUAGUUCUCAUGAAAGUUUUAUGUCCAACAGCUCUAUGGAUACACAGUCUUGUGAAAAUCGGAGUGACAUAAGACAGUUUUAUACAAAUUUUCAAAACUAA